AUUUAUACACAAUACAUACAUAAGAUUGAACAAAGCGGACGUGUUUUGAUUUCGCUCCCACAUUUUUGGCAUAGUUGUUCGGAUUAUAAUUUACAGUAAUAAAAUAAAAAAAAAAAAAAUAAAAUAAACAUGCUUGAUUACUUUAAUCGCGUGCGAUUGUUACGAUAUUUAUUCGCUGUUUCAAGUUCGGCGCGUAGCAAUUUAAUAAAAUUUUCUUGCGCUAAGUAAAUUUAAUCGCUUACAAUUCGUUUGUUUAUUUUGCCGCUCGUUUGUUAUGUCGAUCACCGCUCCUCCUCCGCUGAAACGUCGACUGAGCAAAGGCUCCUCCUCUGCAAAAACAGCUAAAUUUGAUGAAGGUGCAGUUAUCACACUCACAGCUGUAUACAAUAAGUUGAAAGAGGUAGAGCAGAGGGUACAGCAGCAGACUGAGUUGCGGCCGCUAAUCGAGAGUGUUUCUAACAAAAUAAUAGAAGUGGAGAACAAACUGACAAAACGGAUUGAGGAAGAGAUUUCGUCACUUGCUGCUGCUGUAGCUGAAUCAUCUACGCACAUUUCGGCAUUGAAGGAGAGAGUGGAAAAGUCGGAGUCCGGAAUUGAGUGCCUGAAAGCGGAAUUAGCGAAGGGAGUACAGCAGAAAUCGACUGCUGACUUUGCUGCGGAUGCCGUUGCAUUUGGCGUUGCAUAUAAGGAAGGGAAAAACCUGAAAAGCAUUUUCAACCAGGUCUGUCUGUCAAUCGACUUUUUGGCUCCUCAUAUAAGAGAUAUCUUCCGCACAAGGCCUUCACGUGCUGGCCUCAACGGUGCGAUUGUGAUCAAAUUUCAUUCCCCUCUUGAUCGCAAUCGCACUCUCCGUGCUUUUGGCGACUAUCGCAGGCGUAUGAAGUCUGCUGUUCCCCUGCAACCUCUUGACAUUCAGGGGAAUUUUCAUAUAUUUGAAAGCCUAACCAAAGAGAAUAGGCUGCUCUUGCAAGCGGCCAUAAAACUACGACGUGAGGGGAAGUUGCAGUCUGCAUUCACUCUCCGGGGUUGUGUGCAUGUCAGAUCAACAAAUGAUAAAGCCAGCCAACCUACCAAGAUUUUGUGUGAAGAUGAUCUGGAGCAGUUUCGCUAGUUGUAAGCCCAUGUGUUUGUUUGAUUGUAUGUUUGUUGUUUUGUUUCUUGUUUGUUUUUGUAAUGCAAAGAUAGCGACAAUCAAUUUGUUCUGUUUUGGUUUCUUGUUUUGUCUUCAUUUUUGUUGCCUUAAAGUUGCUUUUACUUCUGCUGCUUUAAAUGAGUGCGAAUAAUAGAAGUGCGAAUGGCAUUGAAGAUAAUAGCCUUGCAAUGCUGAACAUCUUGUGCAGGCGCCAAAAGGGGUUCAACGUUGUUCACUUUAAUGCGAGCAGCUUGAAUAAUGAAAAAAUGGAUAUGGUCAGAGGAGUAUUCGAAUUAUCUAGUGUUGAUGUCAUUUGUGUAUCUGAGACUUGGUUUAGACCUGAGGUAAAAGAUGCCUACUUUGACAUAAAGGGUUAUACACUGUAUAGAUCAGAUAAGAAGAUCAAGAGGGGUGGCGGUGU